UGCGCGGUAGGAGCAAAAGCGGAACUGAUGCGCGGUUUCCAGCUAAUUGUGCUCACAUUGAAACGAUCAUAUUUGUGUGAAUAAUAUUGAUGGAAUCUGGGAUACAUUACUCCCAAUACACAGAUUGAUAAUCUGUCCGAUACGACACGUCACAUAUGUGAACAUGCCCCGCAGAAAGAGAACCACAGGCAGCAGUUCAGAUGGGACGGAGGACUCCGAUUUCUCUGCCGAUCUUGAGCCAACCGAAACAGUCAGAAACACACAGCAACGUAAGAACGCGCGCCUGACUCGAACGUCCGUACGUCUCAGCCAAAGCACUCAAGAUAACUCCAUAGUACAAAGCAGUUCUCCUGCAGCAGUGGCCCCCGAAGAAGUUUUGGAAGCAGCAGUGUUUUCCACAGGGCGCAGAAUCACACGCAGCCAGCAGGGCACGACAAACACCACGGCCAAAAAGUACCCGCUCCGCCAGGGCAGGACAUCCGGUUCAGAUGUGGAGCCUAAUGCAGUAAUAAAGCAGGCGGCAGACCACGACGAGACCCCUCCCCGCACGCCGACCGGCAAUGCCCCGUCUUCCGAGUCAGACAUUGACGCCUCCAGCCCUGGCAAUGACCUUGUGUCUUCCAGCAACGAUGCGAUAAUUUCUCAAGAGGAAGACGAGAGGUUGGCAAAGGAGCUUUCCCUCAAAGAGGCCGCCGCUCACGACCUUUCCCAUCGGCCCAAACGACGGCGCUUUCACGAGAGCUACAACUUCAACAUGAAGUGUCCUACACCUGGGUGUAACUCACUGGGUCACCUGACCGGCAGACAUGAGAGACACUUCUCCAUAUCGGGAUGUCCUCUUUAUCACAACCUUUCAGCUGAUGAAUGCAAGAUGAAAACAGUUCCGAGAUGUCUUAAUAACAUGCCUGUGACAUGCUUGUUUAAAAUCCCCAAAGAAUCAAUAAUUAGAGCCGCCCUCUAUAAACAGACCUGUUCAGAGCAGCAUGGCAAACCCUCAACUCGCGAAAAACAGGCCGAGGAAAGGACCCUGUCUCACCGCCAAGACGAGAAUAGACACUCCACACGACACCAGUCCCCAACAGAGUGUCAGCUGCGCUACAAGGAGAAGGUGACUGAGCUGAGGAAGAAGAGGAACUCUGGCCCCAAUAAGGAGCAGAAGGAAAAGUACAUGGAUCAUCGUCAGAGCCACGGGACCAGUCGCGAGCCCCUGCUGGAGAACAUCACCAGCGACUACGAUCUGGAUUUGUUCAGGAAAGCGCAGGCACGUGCCUCGGAGGACCUUGAGAAGCUUCGUCUGACGGGCCAGGUGUCGGAGGGGAGCAACAUGAUUAAGAUCAUUGUGUUCGGUCGCUACGAACUGGAUACUUGGUACCACUCUCCGUACCCGGAGGAAUAUGCCCGCUUGGGGAGGCUGUACAUGUGCGAAUUCUGCCUUAAGUAUAUGAAGAGCCAAACCAUCCUGCGCAGACACAUGGCCAAGUGUGUUUGGAAGCAUCCCCCAGGCGAUGAAAUCUACAGAAAAAGCCACAUCUCAGUCUUCGAGGUGGACGGCAAGAAGAACAAGGUGAAAAAGCACUUCGAUUCGCACUAA